UUUGGUUUUUGGUUUUUGGUUUUGGUGAGGGAAGAAGAAGAGAGAGAAAGAUAGAGGGUAGCGUCUGAAACAGCGCUUUCUCAGAGAGAGAGAGAGAGAGAGAGAGAGAGACAGAGGGAAGGAUGAAAGGCAGAGAGAAGCUUAGAUGAAGCCAAAUUCAAAAUUGCUGUGAUCUCUUUAAACCCUUCUACUGAUCUUACCUGCCGGAAUUCUGAAGCAAUUCGCCGGAAUUUUAUCGUUGCCGUGAAGGUCUCUCCGUGAUCGAGAAUCGUGACAAGCCCGACCUGAAAAUUGUUACUCGAUAGGAAAAUGGCUUGCUGCUGAGUUCAUGUUGGUAGAGUCUCUUAGACAUGGUGUUGCAGAAGAGGUUAGACUAUGGAUUUAAUGGCUACCAAGUGCCUGCCAUGCCCCGAGCGUCAAGAUCAGCCAGGGGGAGAGGUUGUGUUAGAAAGAAAGUCGAGAACAAUCAGAUGUGUGCAUUUGACUUAUUGGCUACUGUAGCUGGUAAGAUAUUACGGGAAAGGGACAAUUCACUUGCUCCAAGUGAUCCAUUGACUGUGAAAGAUCAGCAUCCUGUUGCUAAAGGCAUUGUUAAACAGGAACAAGUGGAUGAAGAGAAUCAAUUGAAAUUAGAAUCUUGCGAUCAAGGAAGCUGCAAUGAGCGACAAGACCACAAACAAAAUAAUAUCUCAAAGGAAUUCUCACGUGUUCAGAGUGUUGGGGGUUCAGGACUCUCAUCUGUAAUGACAUAUCCUGACCAUUCAGAGAAGUCUGGUUCUGCUGAGGAGCUAGUAGUUGGCAACGGCAAGAGUAGUUUUGGAAACUUUCCUAACAAAGUAGAGAGAGGCUCAUCAGGGUUUGGCAAGUGUGAGGACAAUGAUGAGGCUGAAACUGAGAGGCCAGGAGACACUGAGGCACGAAAGAUCCGAAGCGUGAUUAAUGGGACUAUCCCUGAUACAUGCAGUACGGAAGGUCCAAUGGAAUUGGAUAGGAAACCUCAAGCAUUGGCCAGUUCAGACAGCAGUGUUGAGGUACCUUUGGGCAGAGACCAUGUUCCUCGGGGUUCUUUUUCUGGUUGUCACGAUGAUGUAAAGGUAGUUAGUAGAGAUGAUGACGAAAACUCUUCUGGUUGCACUCAACCUAGCAAUGUAGCUUUGAAGGGCUUCAGGUCACCACCACGUAUUGGAGACCGCAGGAUAAGGAAGUUGCUGGCUUCCAAAUAUUGGAAAAUGGCCCCAAAGCUGAAGGAUGGUGAACUUUCGAACAGUGAUGAGGAAACGAAACCUGUUCACCGCAGUAGGAAAAGCUCUUCUACACGCCAAAGAUCGCAGCGGAAUUCUCCUUUUAAAAAGAGAAAGCUGUUUGAUGGAAGGUCCAUGUCAACAUCUGAUGGUGGGAUUAGUAGUGAAGGCAUUGCUAAUUCACCUAUUAAGGGCAUUCAUAGAGAUGCAAUUGCUUCAGGUGCAACAGUGCACGGAGCUAGUGGGGCAUCGUCUUCUGUUGCAGGUCCACAAGCAACCUUCCGGUCAAGGGAUUCUCAUGUGAAGCUUCGUAUCAAGUCCUUUCGUGUGCCAGAGCUCUUCAUUGAGAUUCCUGAAACUGCAUCUGUUGGUUCACUUAAGAGGACAGUUAUGGAGGCUGUCACUGCUGUUCUUGGAGGUGGACUACGUGUUGGUGUGCUUCUUCAGGGGAAGAAGGUUAGAGAUGACAACAAAACUCUGCUACAAACUGGGAUCUGUAAUGAGGACAAGGUGGACACUUUGGGUUUUACAUUGGAGCCUAACCCUACAAAUGCUCCGCCACCUUUGUGUUCUGAAGAUCCUUCUCCUCGACUUCCUAGUGAUACACCUCAACAACUAACCAGGUACCCCACCAGUGUAGUUUUAGAUCCAGGGGCUUCCGUUGCCUCCCUAGAUCCUCCAGUGACCAACAUAGGCAACUGUGUUGAAAGUGACCAUGAUUCGGUUCCCUCUCCCACUGACAUGUCUGCAGACAAAACCACAUCUGAUUCCAGAGCACUCGUUCCUGUUCCUGCUAUGAGUGUUGAAGCAUUGGCUGUUGUUCCAUUCAACCCGAAAUCUAGGCAUUCUGAAAUUGCACAGCGCCGGAUCAGAAGGCCCUUUUCUGUAUCAGAAGUGGAAGCACUUGUUCAAGCUGUAGAGAAACUCGGGACUGGAAGGUGGCGUGACGUUAAGCUUCGUGCUUUUGAUAAUGCAAAACAUCGAACCUAUGUGGACUUAAAGGACAAAUGGAAAACACUGGUGCACACGGCAAGAAUAUCCCCUCAACAAAGGAGGGGAGAACCAGUUCCCCAAGAGCUGUUGGACAGGGUCCUCUCGGCCCACGCGUACUGGUCUCAGCAGCAAGCCAAGCAACAGGCGAAGCAGCAAUCAGAGACGUGCCUUCUUCUUUGAGAAAUAAAAUUUAGAAAGCCAAAGAGGAGGAGGAUGAAGUAGGAAGGAAAGAGUUAGAAGAAGAAGAUCUCUGAUUUAUGAUUUUUAUUUUUGUAAAAAGGAAAAAAAUAUUGUGAAGAAAUUGAUGUAAUAUUCUCACAACACAGCACUCACUCACCCAUGAUGAUUCUUAGCCAGAUUUUUCCUUUCUUGUGGAGGGAAAGGAAGGGUUGGCGCUUGUAAAUGAUCUCACAGGAAUAAAGAGAGCAGGCUAAGCUAA